GGGUGGUAACACGAGCCGGCGGUGAUGACCCGUCGUAGAUAUUUUCCCACCAUCCCCGGCCCGUCCUCUCGCUAUCUAAUCCUCUACCGUGUUCUGUGUUCUCAGAUCCUCUCUCUUCAGCAGCCUCCCUCUCCUCCCUUAGAUCCCCUCCCCAGCAGCUUCUCCUUCGCCGAGUCAUGGAGCUGCAGAGAUGCAGACUUGCCCCGCCUUCCUGCCGCGCGAGGUCCGGCGCCGCAGCAGCAGAAGCAAGCACAGCAGCAGCCAUGUACGCCGCCCUCCGCCGCGCGGCGCCACUCCGGCGGCGUGCCGUGUCCGCGCUCGCGGCCGCGCUGCUCCAGCAGCAGCCGGCGGCGUCGUGGUUCCACUCGUACCCGUCGCGGCUGGGGUUCCGGGAGACGGGGCCGCGGGCGCGGCGGCGCGGGCGGAGUUCGCGGCGGCCGAGGAGGGGUCGUUCUACGAGGAGGACAAGAGGGCCGCCAGCGCCGGUGGCGCGGCGGACCAGGGUCUGGAGAUUGCCAAGCUGGGGAUCUCGUCCAAGAUCGUCGAUAGGCUCGCCAAGAAGGGCAUCACCAAGCUGUUCCCCAUUCAGAGAGCUGUUCUUGAGCCAGCAAUGCAAGGAAAGGACAUGGUUGGUCGUGCCAAAACUGGGACCGGUAAAACUUUGGCAUUCGGAAUCCUCCGCUCCGCGUCCUGCCUGCUACCCUGCUGCAUUGCGCACACUUUCAGCCUAUCUAAUGGGUUGCACGAUACGAGGAGUCAUUUUGGAUCCAUUUGUGGCAUUGCGAAUGGGGCAUUCAGGGACAGGCAGGGACUCAAUUCUGGGAUGAAAAGAUGGAAAAAGAACUUGCUGAGGGACAUCUAUCGAGUACAGUAUUUGACAGGUACAUAUGCCAGACAUGCAUGUUUAAUGUAGAAUAAGCUAUAUAUUUUCCUGGUGAAUGGCAGAAACUGAAAACAUGUCUAUUGUCUGCUUCUUUCAGAUGUUUAUGUCUAUAUUAUUUCUUUCAAACCAAGAACUGUACUAAUUCAUAUCCCAUUCCAUGUCAACUUCAGCAAGUACUGAUACUAGAAUUUGUGUGGAAUAUAAUUGGCUAAUAAAAUGUGAUGAGUCAGAUUUAUCCAUUCACCUUUAACUUAUGUUUGGGCAAUAAUCUCGAUGUAUGAGCUCAUAUGGUUGAAUUCUGCUGCUAUAAUUAUAUAUUAUAUAUGUUGUACAAAUGAUGCAAUAUUAUUAUAUGAAAA